AAGAAGAAUAUGUGCGAAACCUUUGUCCAGGAGUUGCGAAAAAUAGAAAAUGGCCUUCUUGAACAGAAGUUGUAGAGCAGCAUACAGGAAAUGUCUGGCUGUAAAUCUGAGUGUGGACUCAAGGGUGUCCUUACAACUUUCACCUUGGCCAUGCAGUUUUUUUGACGAGCCUGUUCACAUCAAAGUCUCCGGACUCCCCCCUGAGCAACCUGUGGAGUUGCGAUCCAAACUUACAGAUAGCAAAGGCGUUUCAUUCGAAGCCUCGGUCAGAUUUUGUUCUGACAAAAAUGGACACAUCGAGUUGGAUAGAUGUCCAUCGACCGGUGGGAGCUACCGUGGAAUUGAUUCUAUGGGGUUGUUUUCGUCGAUGCGACCACUUGUUCCACACAGUAGGCUAACCAAGAGAGAUGUGUCAGCGCCAUUGUCAGUUGACAUUGAGGUGAUAUGCGAUGGACAGGUUGUUGCCCAAGAAACCCUUGAGAGGCGAUUCAUGGCUGAUGGUGUGCAGAAAUUUCCCUUGGAAGGUGGCAAUAUAAGAGGUUCACUGUUUGUGCCACCUGGACCUGGUCCUUUCCCUGCCAUUCUGGACAUACCCCACUUAGGUGGUGCUUUGACAGAAUUACGAGCAAGCCUAUUAGCGAAUAAAGGUUAUGUGGUCAUGGCUUUGGCAUAUCAUGGUUAUCAGGAUUUGCCCAAAGUUUUGAGGAAGCUUGACCUGGAGUACUUGGAGGAAGCCGUGGCAUUCUUGCGGGCUCACCCCAAGGUAAAAGGACCAGGCAUAGGGAUCCUCUCCAUCUCCAAGAGUGGAGAUCUAGCACUUGCAAUGUCAGCAUUCCUUCCUGGGAUCUCCGCAACUGUCUCCAUCAAUGGUUCCAAUGGUGCCACUGUCUGUCCCAUCCACUACAAAGGCAUGGUGAUCCCCCCUCUCAACAUCGACACGGGCAAAAUAAUCCUCAGAAAGGAUGGGCUUCUGGAUAUAAGGGACGGCCUUCUAGAUCCUAUGCUGGAAGAGAACCGGAACUCUGUGAUUCCCAUUGAGCGUGCCGGCUGCCACUUCCUGUUUGUGGCCGCUGAAGACGACAGGAACUGGAACAGUCUUUUUUUCAGUGAACAGGCUGCUCAACGACUCCGGGACCACGGGAAAGACAACUAUGAGCUGGUGCGGUACCCGAAGGCAGGUCACUUCCUGGAUGUUCCCUACAUGCCCCACUGCCCCUCCAGUUUCCAUCCAGCAGUAGGCGCUGUGGUGAUCCUAGGAGGGGAGCCCCAGGCUCAUGCUGAGGCCCAGGUUGAUCUGUGGGAGAGGGUCCAGCAGUUUUUCAGAAGGCAUCUGUAGAUAACACACUACCCAUAAUGCCAUGUUGUUGUAUAUUUACUAAGGCUGUCAAUCGAUUAAAAAAAUAUCCUAAUUACA